AUGGUUUACGUGGACCGUUUAGGUGCAACUGGAAGGUUGCAAACACCGGAUAUUGCGUCACUCUCAAUAUCGUCACUGUCUGAUUACCAUGUUUUCGAUUUCCCAGGGAAGGAUCUGCAAAGGGAGCAAGUGGUGGAUUUGCUUGACCAGCAAGGGUUUAUCCCCGAUGACCUCAUUGAGCAAGAAGUUGAAUGGUUUUACACGGAAUUGGGGAUCGAUGAUGUGUUCUUCGCGAAGGAGGACCCACAGGUGCUCAGUAACCUUAUUUUGACUUUGUACUCCGCUAAAUUGGAAUCCUUUGCAGAGAAGAGUAUUUUGGACAAAUCGGGGAAUACUCAAGAGAGUGCAGUGAACGACUACUUGACCAUUGAGAAGAAGAUCCACACGGAGGAGGGCCAUGCGAUUUUUUUGGAGUCAAACGACGUCAACACCCCUUACAAACUGGAUUCUCAGAUCGAUAACCUGUUCCUAGACAAUGAUGAGAGUCACAGAUUGGUCUCCUUCUGGGCGCCAAACUCAAAUAUGAAACUGACCUUCAUUUACAAAAGUGUCUUCCCAGGUUCUCAGGAGUCUGCUGCCGCGGCGGCAUCUGCUUCCCCUCAAAAAUACGUCCAAGGUUCCGUGGGUGAAAUCGACUCUAUCAGCGACAAGACGAUGAUUCAGAUCUUGUCCGCAGAGACGAAAAAAUUGUACUCUUUGCUAAUUAAUUUGGUCAAGGAGAGAGAGGGUCCCGUGAUUAAGAUCACUCCAUCACAGGCCAAUAAAGACGAGAUUAGAUUCUUGGUCGCGUACAGGUCGUUCACGACAAAACACUACUACUCGGCUUUGAACUCGCUGUUCCACUACUACAAGCUUAGACCUUCGAAAUUCUACGUCGAAUCCUUUGCUAACGAUGUCACCAUCUACUCCGUGUACUUGAACAAGUCCCAACAGCGCGAACAACAAAACGUAGUGCCAGAGGACAUAGAGGACAGCAUCAGGCAGAUCGAAAGAGAGGCGUCCUUGUUGUUUGCUAUCCCCAACAGCUUCUUCAUCCCAGUUUACGAGCAACGCCAAUUCUCACCACAGGAGGCCAUCUACGCUCACAUUGCAGCAAUCUUCAUCAACCACUUCAUCAACAGGCUUGGCCCAGAUUACGCAAACCUGAUCGCCACUUUAGCACCAAAACAGUCUGAUAUUACUUUACUAGAGAUCAUUGGUAACUUGAAGAAAAAAUUGAGAAACGAGACCUUUACAGCAAAGCUGAUCAUUGCGUCUUUGCAGAAACAUUACACGGUUGUAUCCAAACUGUACAAGAACUUUGCACAGUUGUUUUACUACCAUAAUGAGGAGGAAGACAAAAGAAUGGAGAAAACCCUAUCGUACAAGAGACUGGCCAAACUGGAACCUUUCCAAAACGACCAGGAAUUCGACACGUAUCUGAACAAGUUCAUCCCCAACGACUCCCCAGACUUCUUGAUCUUGAAGACUUUGAACCUGUUCAACAAAUCCAUCUUAAAGACUAACUUCUACGUCACAAGGAAAGUCGCUGUCUCCUUUAGACUGGACCCCAAAUUGAUCAUGCCCAAAGUGGAAUACCCAGACACACCAUACGGUGUCUUCUUUGUUGUUGGGAACACUUUUGAAGGGUUCCAUAUCAGGUUUAGGGAUAUUGCCCGUGGUGGUAUAAGAAUAGUAACCUCGAAGACACAAGAUAUCUUUGAAGCUAACUCAAGAACCGCCAUUGAUGAAAACUACCAACUGGCCUCGACGCAGCAACGGAAGAACAAAGAUAUCCCAGAGGGUGGUUCAAAGGGUGUCAUUUUACUACACCCAGGUAUCACAGACAAGAAAAAGACGUUUAUCGCUUUCUCCCAAUACGUCGACGCCAUGAUCGAUAUAUUGAUCAAGGACCCCUUGAAGGACCCCUACGUUGACUACAUGAAGCACGAGGAGAUUCUCUUCUUCGGCCCUGACGAGGGCACAGCAACUUUUGUAGACUGGGCCACCACCCACGCAAGGAAGAGAGGUUGUCCUUGGUGGAAAUCGUUCCUAACUGGUAAGUCACAGACGCUUGGUGGUAUCCCACACGACGAGUACGGUAUGACCUCCUUGGGUGUGAGAAAGUUCGUCACCGAAAUGUACGAAACUUUGAAUUUGACCAAGAAGGAGGUUUUCAAGUUCCAAACCGGUGGGCCCGAUGGUGACUUGGGGUCCAAUGAGAUUCUGUUGAGUACGGAAAACGAAACGUACGUCGGCUUGUUAGAUGGUUCUGGUGUAUUAUGUGAUCCAAAGGGUCUCAACAAGCAGGAGUUGAUGCGGUUGGCCAAAACGAGAGAUAUGUGCUCCUCCUUCGAUAAGGCAAAAUUAUCCAACGUCGGGUUCUUCGUAUCCGUGGACGACAUGGACUUCAUGCUACCCAAUGGUGUCAUAGUUUCCAAUGGUACCACUUUCAGAAACGUGUUCCACACGGAGAUCUUCAAGUAUGUCGACCGCGUGGAUCUGUUUGUCCCCUGUGGUGGUAGACCAAACUCCAUCAAUCUGAACAAUCUACAUUGUUUCAUAGAUGAGAAGACGUCUAAAUGUAAGAUCCCAUGCAUUGUGGAAGGUGCCAACUUGUUCAUCGCGCAGCCAGCGAAAAUCGCACUUGAACAGCAUGGUUGUGUGCUGUUCAAGGACGCCUCUGCAAAUAAAGGUGGUGUUACAUCGUCAUCUAUGGAGGUUCUUGCCUCGCUUGCGCUAAGUGAUGAUGAUUUCGUCAACAAGUUUGUCGGCAAGGCCAACGGAGACGUUACCGAACUGUACAAAGAGUACGUUCUCGAGGUGCAACGCAGAAUUGAAUACAACGCGCAACAGGAGUUCAAACAGCUUUGGUCCAUUAACCAGGCUUCAGGGACUCCCAUCUCGGACUUGUCAAACGUCCUGUCGCUAACAAUCAACAAAUUGAACGACGACUUGGUGGAUUCCCAGGAGUUAUGGUUGAACGAUUUGAAGUUGAGGAACUAUUUGCUAUUGAAGAAAAUCAUACCAGGAUUGUUGACCGAAGUCGCCGGCGCGGACCAAAUAUUGAAGAACAUUCCGGAGUCGUACCUGAAAGUAAUGCUGUCGUCCUACUUGUCGAGCUCCUAUGUUUAUCGUAACGGAAUUGACGUCAACAUCGGUAAGUUCUUGGAGUAUAUCGGGGAGUUGAGAAGAGAAGCCCAAACCUAG